GAGGAAGACACAUGCAGUUUUUGGACAGGUCUUGGGAUGCGGACACCAGAGUCUUGUUCGCCUUCCUGGGCUGUUGCCCACUCCGGUACCCACUCCCUAAUCUCCCCUCUUCCUCCUCCUCAUCCUCUCUUGUAGGAAGUAGAGGAUGGGGAACCCCCUCAGGAAGGAGGGCAGUGACUCUGGGUUUGCCUAGGGCUAGUGGCCUCUCACCGACCUGCGCCCUUGUACCUGUCACCUGGGCAAACAGUGAUUGCGUCAGCUUUGGUUUCUCAUGGGUGGGCAGCCUUGGGUGUCUGCCAGAAUGUAAAGAGCCUGGAGCAAGGACACGGGAAUCCUGUUGAGGUCCCAGGACCACUGCGUCCUUCUUCCCUGUGCCUCUCCUCCCCAGCAUGAGCAUAGCAGCCUGAUUGAUGGAGAAGGAUUUUCCAGUGUUAGAACUGGAAAGAACACCCGCAGCCUCUCCCCACCGUUUACAAGGGUGCUGGAAGUGAAAAGAUGUGUUCCUGGUCACAGGCAGGUAGACAGCAGAGCCAGACUCAAGUACAGUGCACUCCUCCUGAUUUUGGAGUUUAGAGCUCUUCCCUGGCAACAUUUUGAUGAAAAAAAUCACAAGUUCUGUGUCUUUUGAAAUUCCUUGUGGAGCCUAGUGCCAUCCUCUGAACUUGGAGCCAACUGACCUUUGUCCCAGGGGCAGAGACAUGGUCCAUGGGCCCAAUCCAGGGCCUCAAAGGGAGGGCAGGUCUGAGCCCCUGCCCUCUGAAGUGAGAAACCUCAUCUCCCACUACAGACCUGCCAGGGCCCAGGAGAGCUUAACCCACCCAGGCACACCGUAACAGCAGAGAUGACUCGGGACACAGAAGUGUGGAAGCAAAUGUUUCAGGAGUUAAUGCGGGAGGUGAAGCCAUGGCACAGAUGGACCCUGAGACCAGACAAGGGCCUUAUUCCCAACGUCCUGAAGCCAGGCUGGAUGCAAUACCAGCAGUGGACCUUUGCCAGGUUCCAGUGCUCCUCCUGCUCUCGUAAUUGGGCCUCUGCCCAAGUUCUGGUCCUUUUCCACAUGCACUGGAGUGAGGAGAAGUCCAGGGGCCAGGUGAAGAUGAGGGUGUUUACCCAGAGAUGUAAGAAGUGCCCCCAACCUCUGUUUGAGGACCCUGAGUUCACACAAGAGAACAUCUCAAGAAUCCUGAAAAACCUGGUGUUCCGAAUUAUGAAGAAAUGCUAUAGAGGAAGAUUUCAGUUGACAGAGGAGGUUCCUAUGAUCAAGGACAUCUCUCUUGAAGGACCACACAAUAGUGACAACUGUGAGGCCUGUCUGGAGGGCUUCUGUGCUGGGCCCAAACAGGUUACAAGCCUCCCCCAAUCUCAGACCCCAAGAGUACACUCCAUUUGCAAGGUGGAGGAGGGAGUUGAGCCCUGGGCCUCAAGAAAGAAUGUCUGCUCCUACACAUUGCAGAACCACAUCUGUAGGAGUAUAAGCGUUUUCUGCUGUUGUGUCAUCCUCAUUGUUAUUGUAGUGAUUGUUGCAAGAACUGCUAUAUGAGCCUUGGAAACAUGAUGUUAAGUCAGAAAAAAAAUCAGUAACAAAAAGUCA